UUAACUGUUGAAGUAUUAUAAAACGUUAUCGCGGUUGAAGGAACUGGUUACAGCGGAAUUAAAUUUUAUGUAGUCUGUGGUAGCAACACUAAGUAUUCUGUUCUGUUGGUUGAACGGUUUGCUGUUCGUGCAUACAAGGGUUACCCAACCCUAGUGUGGUUGACAGCGAGUGAAAAUCGGAUACAUUCGGAUUUAAUCGGAGAUCCCAAGUUUUGCCUUCCUCCAUUUUGUUAUGCAGGAUUUUCAAUUUCCGGGUUUUCCACGGCAAGGGAAGAAGACUGAGUGGGAGAGAGGGGCCAACAAACGUAAGCUAGAGAGCAAUACAGCAUAGAAACAGCAGGGAUGAAAACAUUUGCGCAUUAGCAAGCUAGAUAAAAUCGCUAGCCGUAGCUAUGGUAACGGGCUGCAUUCCUUCCAGAUUUUGAUGUUUAGCCUGCCAGCUAGCUAACGUUAGCUAGCUAGCUGCCAGACUUUACUUGACCAUGCUAAUAGCUAGCUAGCUAACAAGAUACGUUAACGAGAAUAAACAGUGGCUCGCUGAAACAAGAACGGACUUUCAGAAUUCCCUUAAAACACACUUUCAGCAAUAAAUCCAUCCUGCGCCUCCGAAUCCCGCAAUCAAUCUUAAACGAUUUCCCAUCGAUGUUAUCAACGGUUGUAAGAGACUCGCAUCCUCAUUCGAGACAAGGUGUCUGAGUCUGGGAAACAGCAGCGUCGUGUACAGAGAGGGACAGGAUGCCAGUCCCUCCCCCGCCUCCCCCUCCCCCAGGAGGACCCCCGCCACCCCCUACCUUUAGCCAGGCGAACACCACCCCACCCAAGCUGAGCCGGGAUGAGGCAAAGGGGAGGGGAGCGUUGCUGUCAGACAUCUGUAAAGGAACCAGGCUUAAGAAGGCAGCUGUGGUCAACGACAGGAGCGCACCUGUUCUUGAGAAGCCAAAGGGAGGAGGCAGCAGUGGCGGUGGGGGUGUGUCUGGGGCCAUGCAGCCAAUGGGAGGGCUUUUUCAAGGAGGCGUUCCAAAGCUGCGAUCAGUCGCAGACGGCUCAGUGGGCAAGUCGGCGUUGCACCCUCCUGGGUCACGCCCAGCUGCCCCCCGCCCCCCUACCAGCGCUGCCGCAUCGUUGGGGUCAGGGGGUCAUGGCGACGGUGACAGCUCCAGCCUGCGGGCGCCGUCCCCCGAGGUGUCCCGCUCCCACCGGCCCUCCCUCCCGGACCUCUCCCUGCCCUCCAGUGGCGGCGGUGGCUCCGCGGGCAUGAAGCACAGCUCCUCUGCCCCACCGCCCCCUCCGCCGGUGUCCCGCCGCGCCAACACGCCUCCCACCUCCCACCCGAAGGCCGGAGGCCACUCCUACAACCGGGAGAAGCCCCUCCCGCCCACGCCGGGGCAGAGAGGAUCCUCUCCCAUGUCCACCCGGGAGAACGCCCCCCCUCCCCCAGUGAAGCCGCCCCCCUCCCCGCUCAACCUGCCCCGGCCCUCGCCGGGAGGGGGCUCUUCGUCGUCCUCCUCCUCCUCACUGGCUCCUCCCCCGCCCCCUUACCGCCAGCCGAUCCAUAGUCACGGUGUUUCCAGCAGCCAUUCCAGCCCAGUCAACGAGGUGGCGCCUGAGCUGCCCCAGAGGCACAACUCUCUCCACAAGAAACCCCCGGGCGGCUCCCACACCCCGACCCGCGCUCCCGCUCCGCCCCCGCCGCCCUCCCCCCAGGGGGGCCGGCCACCGCCCCCGGCCCGGGACCCUCCUGGGCGUGGAGCAGCUCCUCCUGUGCCCCCUCCCAUUGUGAGAAACGGUGGCCGGGACGCCCCGCCCCCGCCGCCUCCUUACAGGAUGCAUGGUGCUGUGACCCACACCUCCUCUGAACCCCCCAGCCGGGCCAAGCCCCCGCCGCCCCCCUCACGCACGCCUGCAGGACCCCCUCCUCCUCCACCCAUCCGCAACGGGCACACCUCUAUCUCCAAGUCCUUCGUAGAUGAUUUUGAGUCCAAGUACUCCUUCCACCCUCUGGAGGACUUCCCAGCCCCUGAGGAGUACAGACAUUUCACAAAAAUUUACCCCAGCAAAACCAACAGAGUGAUGAGAGGGGCGCCUCCCUUACCACCUGUUGGAAGGUGAACAUCAUGAGCCAUAGCUUUUACCGCACAGGGAACAAGGGUUACACACACACACACACACACACACACAAAAAUACAUACAUCAAGACCAGCCUACAUCAGAUCCUCCCAUAGGAGACUACCCACCAUAUCUCUGACUCUGCAUCCUUCCAGCCAAGUCCCCCCUCCCUGUAGACACCCAUAUUUACCAUUCCAGCAUGGCUACACCUACACAUCUUUUUUUUGCAAGUGGAGGAAGUAAGACCUCGAUGUGUUGGCUAACGCAAACUGGACCAAAUCGAAACAGAGGAGUUGGCUGCUGCCAUCAGACCCGGCAAUCAGCGGUGAACGAGUGGCACUCUCUGUCACGAGGGGAAGAGACUCCAGCCACCAUCUCAGACACCCCCAGGCCGUCCCGCCUGGGGGGGGCUGCGCCCAGCAUUCCAAGCUUGUGCGUUGUUUUCUUGUUUUGAAAUGUUUAGCGUCGCUUGUCCCUGCCCUGCGAGCGCACGCUUCUUGUUGAUUCCUGUUCAGCGGGGUGGAAGAGAGCUCGCUUUCGCGGUCCUUCUGUGAAGCCUGUUCUGCUGGUGCCAGAGCAGAGGAGCGCUGAGGGUGAAUAUUCAGUGAGUGUGGCUGCUCACUGAGCAUGAUUAUUCAUCGAGUAUGAUUUCACGCCAAGUGUGAUUAUUAGCAUAAAUUAAUGUGCCAUUUAUAGGCGAAAUAGAACCCCCCAAGCUGGCGAGGAGCGUGGCAGGUGGUUAGAAUACGAAAAGGAAGCCUUUCCCUCUCGAGGAAUGGGCAGUAAUCAAGUACCAAGUUGACAGUACCAAGUAAAGUCAUUGACCCAGUUUUAAUCAAGUCUUCCUCAUUGCACAUGCAGUUACGUCAUCCCCACAAGUUAUCUCUUUCCCUUUUGAAUUUCGCAUUUGUAUUUAGCAUGCUCACAGAAAAAAAAAAACAUGUCAAACCAUCAGCAUGUUCAAGCGGCGUUUUCAUUUUUUUCCAUUUUUAGAGAGCCUGUUGUGCUGUAGUUCCUAUACUGUCUAACCUUUUCUCUCCACCUUGCUCUCUUUUUUUGUCAUUUCCAUUUUUAUUUCCUGGCUCUGCAGUCAUUCCCUGUCUUUCCUAUUUUCUCUGUCUCAUUUUAUACCCUAUCCUGCACCCCCCCAACAGAUCUUAGCAGUCUGGAAUUGUGUGGCCCAAAUCCUAAUGAGUCUGCAUGAAUACCACAGGAACAGUCAGAACUGCAAUUGCUGAUUUUUGAGGAAGAACUCCAUUGCAGUUCAGGCCCAUUUGAUAGUCUAUUAAUUACACAAAUAAUACUAGCAAAUGGUUGGUGUGUACAGAUUCAGGUGUCUGACUUAAAGAUCAGUUUUUUGGGGGUGUUUGCACAGUAACAGAAUGGUGUUGAGGUACCUGACCACCUUGCUCAUAACACCACCUCACAUGGUAUGUGUCAUAUUGUUUGUCUUGAUGAUUCUACUGUCCUAAUACCUUAGCAAUAGCAGGAAGUAUUCCAAGUGGUUAUAGCAGGAUUUCAAUGUGUAUGAAUUCCCCUCUGGAGCACUUAAUUUGCAUUGUGGUUCAUAGCAUAUGACCAGUUCGUCCUCAGGGCAGACAUCUAUUUUUUUUGUCUUUUUGAAGAAGACGUAUAGUCUGGGGAUAGUUACCAAGCGUCACAGUGUCCCCAGCCAGUCUGUCUCAAUAGCUUCACAGUACUGCUUCAGUUUUGAAUGACUUGGAUAACAGGAAGGACUUUUUUAGUUGCCAAACACAGAAAUCUUGGUUGUGGGUUUCCUCAAUGUGAUUUUUUAAAAUGGUUUCAGAACAAAAAAAAAGAUUAUUUUUUGUUUGCUUUUUAACACUUGAAAGGCAUGGCUCUACAGGUGGAAUUAGGUUGGGUAAGGUCACCUUGCAAUUUAUUAUGUGUAACUGAGUAUAAUGUGAUAUAAUGCCAAUUGACUUGUGUAUGAUACUGACUGAAAGCUGUUAUAUGGAGCUUUGGAUGGAGCAAGCAACCACUGGGUGUAGCAGUGGUGACUUUCCCCCCUGCAACCACUGGGUUUAUCAGGGACUUUUCCCUCACUGUAACUGCUGGAGGAGUGCGUGGUGACUUUUCCUUGUAAGUCAGCAGGACAUGCCCAUAACCUCACAUUUUCUCCUUGCCAGUCAAUGUGUGAUGCAUUUUCUCUAUCAUGUGUAUGUUGCACGUAUACGCCCAACGUAUUUUGCCAUUUGCUGUGGCUGGACUCAUUGGCAGACGUCUGUAGUAGGAUGCAGAAGUAUAGAGAUGGAAUGGAGUUUGAUGUACUGCUAUGCAACGGAUGUGUCCUUUUCAGGAUCCACAACACCUGUAGGCAACAGCUGAGCAAAAAAAAAAAACAAAAAAUGCAAGAUGUGCCAGUAAACCAUUCCACGGGGUUCCUACAGCUGAAUUAUUCCUGAUUACAGUGUGUGGACUAAAAACGGCUAAUGCAUUACAUUCUCACAAUAUCCUAGAUAUACAAGAUGGGACUUGUUGCUCGUUGUCUUCCCUGUUCUCAAUCCCCUCCAUGUUAUUUUUGCUGGUCUUAUGCCUUACACACACAUAUAUAUUUGUCACUACAGGAUUUGAUUUUUUUUAAAAAAUGUCAAUAAAUAAAAUGAUGUAUAUUACACUAUAAGUAUGGGAAGUAUGGUAAUCAUAGCUAUUGAUCUAUUUUUAUGUUGUAAAAAGCUUGUAAUAUAGGAAAUAAAAUGAGAAUAAUAACAUGAGUUGUGGGCUUUGUUGAAAGCCAGGGAAACAAUGUUAGUCACGUAUUAGUCUGUCACAUAGGCUUGUGUGGCUGCGUUAACAGAAGCAGCCGUUGCUCAUGUCAAGGGACGUUAUGUUCAAUUUCUCUCUCAUCUCAUUUGUUUAACCAAGAUACCAUGUUCUACAGUCAUUGUACUGUACCAGUUUAUCAGCCAAGCUGUACCAGUUCAAAUAAAACAUG